GCAUUUGUUUCGGUUCAGUCAAAUACUAUAGAGUUUGUUUGGGUCUCAGUAGUAUUUGCUGUCUAUAUUAUAUAAUUGAGAACACUGGUUUCGUUCACCGAAUUAGUGGUAACACUGGUGUUACGUUCUGGUGUGUAUUUCGUGCGCACGGGUAGUCUGUUUGUUUGUGUAGUGUGUACUAAAGAAUAGUAGGAUGUAGUGUGACAGAACGUGUCGUUAUAAAGUGAACAGCUAAUACUUUUCAUUGUUAGUAGUGACUUGGGCGUGGAUUAGAAUUAUUAGUCUGGUGAAUGCUCGUUAAUGAUAAUUAGUGAAAGUUAUAUAUUGGUGCCUUAGUUUAGAUAAUUAGUGCCUUCGUAUUAUCCUGUCAGUGCGUUUGAAUUACUCAGUUAAAUAUGGAUGAAGAACAAGUCCAAACUAUUCAAAAAACAGACGCACCUACGUAUUCUAGUUCUGAGGAGGAUGCGGAUGGAGAAGUAGAAAUCCAAGAAAUGCAACAUGACGUUCCUGCGAAAUCUAGUUCUCAGAGUGUAAAAUCUCCAAAAAGAAACCCCCCUAGAAAGGCGAGGCAAUCAAGGGCAAGACAAGAACCAAGAUUUAAUGUUAAUACAAUAGAGGAAGAUAAUGAUAGUCUGUCAGAAGAUGAGAUCUUAUCUGAUGUUGAUACAAUUGCAGCCGGUCCGUCACAUUCACAGAAGAAAAAGAAAACUCCAGUUAAAUUAAGGAAGGGCGUCAAAAGGAAAAGAGACCCAGCAUUCUUGCCUCGCUACAAUAAUGCAAGUGCCUUUGAGGCUUCUUGGAGAGAAGUUGAUAAGAGACGGUUAUUAGUUGCUUUGCAGCGAUAUGGUAUUUUGGAUAUUAACCAGCUUAUUAAGUCUGUUCCAGGAAAAACUGAGGAAGAAAUUAGAAAGUUUAUAGCUAAAAGAUGGAAGAUGGCACGGACAGAACUUAGAGCUCACCUCAGGGAAACAAGAAAAUCAAAGGGUGAAAAUAGUGGUUACCUUGGACCAGUUGAUAAAUGGUUAGAAGAAUUGGCAAAUUUUUAUCCUAAUUAUGACCAUUAUAAAAUUAAUCCUAUUGCUCAUGCUAUGUUACUAAUCUGGAAAUAUGAGAAACACCCGGAUCCAUCUGAGUGUGGAGGUGUGGACUUCAAGGCCUUGUAUGAAUAUAUGUAUUUCAUGCUGUGUGGGUAUCCUCCAAAACAUUUAAACCAGCCCACUGCAACAUUCCUUGCAGAAACUCUGAAGAAUUUUGCUAGUCGUGUUAAAAAUGGAAAUUGGUCUGGAAUAGUGGAACAUAUGAAAUCUCCAUUGAAAAUUAACACCUCUAAAAGACCACCUGCUUCAGAAGAUGAUGUAAUUGCUGCAUUGUCGUAUUCAAAGGAGAAAUGUAUUGAAGAGUUGGCCAAAUUAUCUGGAUUUAAUCCAUUUUCUAUUCCAUCUAAUCUCUUGAAAAAGAAAGAUGUUGCAGACAAUGUAACUUCAGAUUAGUCUUCGAAAUAUCUAUAUUUUCAUGGUCAUUAAGCCUUCAGAGCACUGAACUUGUGUGUGUUCUCAACAAACAUCCCAUAAUAAUUUCUGUUGUGAUAUUGUCAAAUUGGUAUAGCAAUUCUUUGACACAAAUUAAUAGGUGCAAAAUUUGCAGGAGCUGUCAUAUUGUUGUGCACCUACUAAAGGCAAAGAGUGGUGGGUUUUACUUGUAUAUAUGUACAUAAAAUUUGUGAAGUUUCUUACGAAAAAUAAUUCUUUGUCGAUGUAAUUCAAAAAUCAAAUAUAUAGAAGAAUAAUAAAAUAAAUUUUUAACUGUUGGAUUAAAAAUUUGUUUAACAUUUUGGUUGUGUAUCUAUUUUGUGCAUGAAAGAAGUUAUCCAUAAAAUUGGUGUCUCAAAUUGUGUUAAGGCUUAAUUAUGGAAGAGGGCCAUUCCAUGUCAAUUUUUCCCAGGUGUGUCACCCAUCAUUUCAGUUUUUGCUAGACUUGUAUGACACAUUGGAAAAGGUUGAAACAUAGAAGUAACAAUGAUAUUAUAAUCUUUUACUUUUUUUUAUUAUACCUGCGAAGAACAAAACUAGGCUAACAAUUGAAAUUAACUAUUGCCUUUUAUUUCGAACAAAUUUACCAACUCAGCCCAUAUGUCAGAAAAUUAUUUUUUUUGUUUUUUAUUAAUUACAGCUUGAGUGUUUCCUCAAAGAGUGGUAGUAUACAGCAUUUAGCCAUUAAAAUUUAUUAUUCUGUGAGAAUAAUAAAUGAGUUAAAGUAGCAAAUUACAUACUUAUCACUGGUGACAUUCUACUACAGGCAAUUUAAAAAGCUUAUGAGAAAGAUUUGUAGCUAUAGAACAUUUUGUGUGUUUCCUCAGAUUUCAAACCAGUCUGCAUUUUACAUGCAACCAAUCUGUAUCAUUUUAAAUUUAUUUUUGUAUUAAUAUUUAAUAAUGAUUUUGAAUAAAGUGUACCUGUUCUCUG